ACGAACCCGCACACGAAUGACAGCUCGGCCUUUUUUCUGUCUCCUUUAAACGGAAGACAUUGUUCGAUGCGAAAUAAAUUUUAAAUUUGCAGAAAUAUCGUGCAAAUUGCAUCAAAAUGAGUUUAGCUGCUGCUCGCCCCUUGGUGAGUGUUUACACCGAGAAAAAUGAAUUGAACAAGGAAGCAACAACCGCUUUGCCAGCGAUCUUCCGUGCUCCCAUCCGCCCCGAUGUCGUCAACGAGGUGUGCCAAUUGAUGCGCCGCAAUCGUCGUCAAGCUUAUGCCGUAAGCGAGGCUGCAGGACAUCAAACUUCUGCCGAAUCUUGGGGAACUGGUCGUGCUGUUGCCCGUAUUCCCCGUGUUCGUGGCGGCGGUACUCAUCGCUCCGGUCAGGGUGCUUUCGGUAACAUGUGUCGCGGCGGUCGCAUGUUCGCUCCCACGAAAUCAUGGAGAAGAUGGCAUCGCAAGAUUAACAUCAAUCUAAAGCGUUAUGCUUUGGUUUCCGCUAUCGCUGCUUCGGGCGUUCCCGCUUUGGUUCAAGCUCGCGGACACGUUAUCGAUGGCAUCUCCGAAGUCCCAUUGGUUGUAUCCGACAAGAUUCAAUCGUACACCAAGACUAAGGAAGCCAUGAUCUUCUUGGGUCGCUCCAAGGCAUGGGCUGAUGUUGAAAAGGUCUACAAGUCUCAACGCUUCCGUGCUGGUCGUGGUAAGAUGCGCAACCGUCGUCGCGUUCAACGCAAGGGUCCCUUGAUCGUCUACAUGAAGGACGAGGGCAUUCGCAAGGCUUUCCGCAACAUUCCCGGCGUCGAAACCAUGAAUGUCAACAAAAUGAACUUGUUGAAAAUCGCUCCGGGCGGUCAUGUAGGUCGUUUCAUCAUCUGGACCGAAUCUGCGUUCAAGCAUUUGAACGAUUUGUUCGGCACCUGGACCGAAGGCUCCAAAUUGAAGAAGGGUUACAACUUGCCCAAACCCAUCAUGUCGAACACCGACUUGUCGCGCUUGCUGAAAUCACAAGAAAUCCGCAAGGUCUUGGCGCCGCCCAAGAAGAAGGUUCAUCGUCGUGUACGUCGUUUGAAUCCAUUGAAGAACACACGUCAACUCUUCAAAUUGAAUCCGUAUGCCGCCGUUACGCGUCGCCAUGCCUUGUUGGCACAACAAAAACGCCGCUACGAAGGUCUCUUGGAGAAGGCAGCGAAGGCAAAGAAGGAAUUGCCCAAGAAUCACCCGGCUGUCGUCUGGAAGAAGCAACAAGAGAACCGCGCCAAGCAAAUGAAGAAGGUUUCCGCGGUCCGAAAACCCAAGUUGGCUGCCAAGAAAAAGGAAAAGGAAGCAAAAUUAGCUGCAAAGAAGUCACAGAAGACAGCAAAGAAACCACAAAAGAAGUAAAUUCUGAAAUGUAAACAUUUUAUUAUUAAUAAAAAAUCAUAAUAACUACUCUGUGGUUUACAAAAUAAUCAAAA